UCCAAGACAAUGUCACCUUCUCAACUCCCUCGCCUCCUCAACCUUCUUUACCAAUUGAGAAAAAACACUCAGGCAGCUCAUGAUUCCAACAGCCUUUUCCUCCACAUCACAUCCUAUAUCCUAUGCUUCAUCGCCGCCUCCAUCUCCAGCGCCGGCGGAGUCGGAGGUGGCUCUCUCUACCUCCCUAUCCUCAACCUCAUCGCUGGCAUGGAUCUCAAGGCCUCCGCUGCCGUCUCCUCGUUCAUGGUAACGGCGGGCUCGGUCUCAAAUGUCUUGUGCAAUCUCUUCUUCUUCAACAAAAAUUUAAAUUCCCAAUCCACAAUUGACUAUGAUAUUGCUCUACUCUCAGAGCCAUCAAUGCUGCUUGGAGUUAGUAUUGGUGUGGUUUGCAAUGUCAUGUUUCCUGAGUGGCUAAUAACUGCUCUCUUUGCAAUAUUUCUUGCUUGCUCUACUUUUAAGAUUUGUGGAGCUGGGUGUAAGUGUUGGAAGGAGGAGUCUGAUCAUGCGGUGGAGGAGCCACUCUUGCGAGGGAAGGAAGAGGAAAGAAUUCCAUGGAGGAAUAUGAUGAUUUUGUUGAUGAUAUGGAUUACUUUCUCUGUGCUUCAUCUUCUUGCGGGGAGUAAAGAUGGCAAGAGUAUGAUACACAUAAGACCUUGUAGAGUUGCAUACUGGCUCAUUACCUUGUUCCAGGUUCCCUUAGCUGUAGUUUUUACGCUGUUCAUUCUUUCCCAUAUCAGGCGAUCAUCAAACCAUCAGAUUCCUGAUCUGCAGAAUGAUGAACUGGGAGCUGAAGCACAUAAUAGAGUGAAAGAUCUACCUGUGUUGGUUUUUCCAUUAGCUGCACUCUUAUCAGGAAUUAUGGGUGGCCUCUUUGGCAUUGGUGGAGGGCUGCUCAUUAACCCUGUUCUUCUUCAAAUUGGAGUACCGCCUCAGGUUUUCAAUAAGAUUAUUUCUGCAAAGAUAAAGUAG